GAUUAGAACCCUCUCACCGAAGCGAUAUUGAGAGUUCUGGACUCCAAUUCUCCGAACCCUCUCACCGGAGAUUCGAUUCCGAUCCGUCCUCGUCUGGACUUCGAAGAUCCCGUCAGAUGGCCGAUCUCGCCAUUGCUGCGCUCGGGAGUUAAGCGAUGCAGCGGGAAUCGUCGUGGGAAGGCGGUCGAUGCGUUCAUGAACUCGAGCCCCCGGGGCCGCUGUUGUUCCUUCCACUAUUCUUCAUUCAAGGCGGCGGUAUGGAUCUUUCUAGGUUUGGGGAGAAAAUCAUCAGCUCCGUCCGUUCCGCUCGAUCGCUCGGCCUCCUUCCUUCCACGUCCGAUCGACCCGAGGUUCCUGAAAGGAUAGCUGCAGCUGCGGUUGCGGCUCGAGCUCUUGCUGGUAUUCCCCCACAUGAAAGAAUUGCCCUUUCAUCCAAUUCUGAGGAUUUUAUUUCAGUUUAUGGUAGCAAGGAUCAGGUCCUUGAGAUGCUUGAAGAGGAGUUCUACGAUGAGGAUUUUGAUCCCGUCAAGUAUAUAUUGGAGCACAUUCAACUCGAAGAGAGUGACGCUUCUUAUUUUGAGAAAAAGGCCACUCUUAGGCUGGCCCAACUUGAUAAGAUAGCAGAACGCUUGUCACGACAUGUUGUGGAGCACCAUGAAGAAUUGGUGAAAGGGAUGCAACUAGUAAUGGAGUUGCAGGAGGACUUGAAGGUUGCAAAUGUUAUUUGCAUGAAUGGGAGAAGACACAUUGCCUCUUCCAUGCAUGAAUUUUCAAGGGAACUUGUGGUCCAUUCACAUUCAAAAAAGAAACAAGCUUUGUUGGACAUGCUUCCACUUCUUGCUGAACUUCGCCGUGCAUUGGAUAUGCAACAAGAGUUGGAAGCUCUUGUUGAGUCGGGAAACUAUUUCAGGGCUUUUGCUUUGUUGCCUGAAUACUUACAACUUCUGGAUGGUUAUUUAGAGCUUUCUGCUGUUAAAGAAAUGAGUAGUGGGAUAGAGGCUUGGUUAGAAAGGACACUUCAGAAGCUUGAUGCACUUCUAUUAGGAGUUUGCCGAACCUUCAGAGAAGACAGCUAUGUCACUGCAGUUGAUGCUUAUGCAUUGGUUGGAGAUGUUGCUGGUUUUGCUGAGAAAAUACAGAGCUUUUUUAUGCAGGAGGUUCUUUCAGAAACUCACUCACUUUUGAAGGAUAUUGUGCUCGAGGAUGUUGGAAAUGAACCAAAGAAUAAUAGGCUCACCUACAGUGAUCUCUGUGAACAAAUACCCGAGUCAAAAUUUCGACAUUGUUUGUUGAAGACACUGGACAGCUUGUUUAGUUUGAUGUCUUCAUAUUACGCAAUCAUGAGCUUUAAGCCAAAAAGACAGGAUUUUGAUUACGAAAGUUCAAACACUGCAUUGAAGAACGUCGAUACUUCUCAGAGCACAAAUGAUGUUCAAAUUAAUGUAGAUCCAGGUGGUUCAAGUGAUUUUUCUGGAUCAGUACCAAGCGAUAUUACAGAAAAUCAUGGAUCUACAGCUCCAAAUUCCUCUGUGUCAUCUAUAGAUGCAUCUGAUAUUAGUACUUCCUCAUCAAGUUUUAAUUCUCCUUUCUAUCAUUUGAGGAAAGAAGCCGCUUCAUUUGUUUCACAAACUCUAGAUAGAAGGCGUGAUAGCUUGUGGCAGCUUGCAACUAGUCGUACAUCCGUGUUACUCUCUUCUCCCGCUGUUUGCUCAACCAGUACAUUCCAAUUUCUGAGGAACUAUGAAGAUUUAAAUGUUUUUAUUUUGGCCGGCGAAGCAUUCUGUGGAUCACGAGCUACCGAGUUUAGAAACAGAUUAAAAAGUAUUUCUGAAAAUUAUGUUGCAGCGUUUCACCGGCAAAAUAUUUAUGCACUUAAAAUGGUAUUGGAAAGGGAGAAUUGGAUGAAGCUAUCUGCAGAGACUAUGCAAUUAGUUAGUUUGGCCGGUCUUAUUGGUGAUGGUGCUCCCUUAAUUGUUCUUUCUUCAAGCAAUACUUUGGCAGUCUCUGCAAAUCAGUCCAAGAAAAAUUCUGAAUUUGUUGACAAUGAGAAAAAGGAUGGGUUUUCUUAUUGGCUUCGUAUUGGUAAUCCAUUUUCUUCAAAGCUAUCAAAUGGUUCUAAAGAACUAUCAAAUACUCAAUCUUUAGUUAAUGGAUCAUUGGUAUCAAGUUUAGCGGAUACAAAAAUUAUUUUUGCGUCACACAGUGAUGGUCUACAAGUGAAGGGCCAUUAUGAAAAUCAUACAAAUGGUGGCCUUAUUUUAGAAGAUGAAAAUGAAGACCUUUUAGCCGACUUUAUUGAUGAAGAUAGCCAGCUUCCCAGUAGAAUAUCAAAGUCUGUUAAUCCAAAAAAUAAAUCUGCAUGUUGGAAUGAUGAUGAAGCUUCAGCACAAACUGGUUCAUCCAUAUGUUUAUUGAGAUUAAUGGACAAAUAUGCGAGGCUAAUGCAGAAAUUGGAAAUUGUUAAUGUUGAUUUCUUCAAGGGCAUCAGCCAGCUUUUUGGGGUAUUUUAUCAUUUUAUUUUUGAGGUGUUUGGCCAGCGGGAUGCUAAUCAAAGUGCUCGACUUAAAUCUUCCCUGUCAAAAAUUGUUCAAGAAUGCGACCAGGGGAUUAGACCUCAAAAUCAACAGUUUUCAUCAUCACCUAAAUCAAUCAGCACAUUGCUAGCACAUAGUGAUGUAAUGCCAACCAUUCCUUCAGGAACUGUGCCUGGUACUGCAUUUGGGCUUAAGGAAAGAUGUGUUGCCGCUGAGACGUUAUCUUACGUUGCUCAGAUCUUGCAUAGAUCCAAAGCUCAUCUUCAGUCGAGGUUGUUUCAGCAGAACGGCGCUCUGGUUGAGGAUUUCUUUGGGAAUCUGGUAGAUUCAGUUCCUGAUCUAAUUGAACACAUUCAUAAGACAACUGCGAGAAUGCUUCUUCAUAUCAAUGGGUAUACAGAUAGGAUAGCCAAUGCUAAGUGGGAGGUUAAAGAGCUUGGACUAGAGCAUAAUGGAUAUGUUGAUUUAUUAUUGGGAGAGUUUAAACAUUACAAAACCAGGCUUGUAAAUGGUGGAAUUGCUAAGGAGGUUCAAGAUCUCCUCCUAGAGUAUGGACUCGAGAAUGUAGCUGAAGUGCUCACCGAAGGUCUGUCGCGAGUAAGGCGAUGUAGUGAUGAAGGACGAGUGCUGAUGUCUUUGGAUCUUCAGGUCCUUAUCAACGGACUUCAACACUUUGUUUCGAUGAAUGUCAAGCAAAAGUUGCAGGUUGUUGAAACAUUUAUCAAGGCCUUCUAUCUUCCAGAAACUGAGUAUGUGCAUUGGGCACGUUCCCAUCCGGAAUACAGUAGGAGUCAAAUAGUAGGAUUAGUGAACCUGGUGGCCGCCAUGAAAGGGUGGAAGAGGAGGACAAGAUUAGAAGUUCUUGACAGGAUUGAAUCAGGCAUGUAAAUUUCUAUUUAUAUUUAUAUGUUAUUUUAUUUUAUUUUAUUUUAUUUUCUAGAUGUAAAUUAGAUGAAAUAAUUCCAUUUGUAUUGACUGUAUAUCCCCAUGAACCAUAUAGUUUUUUGUAUCA